CUCGUGUCGGAUAGAGAGCUCAGUGAUCAGUGUAGCGCGCAGAGGCCACCAGCUGGGACAGGAUGAACCCUCCGCAGUACGCAUUCCGAGCUCAGAAGACGUCGGGUAUAGCAGAGGGUCCUUCUUGGGCGCUUACCUCUCAGAUACCUCCUGACACUGUCGCUUCUAAGACGUACGUUUACUCUCCUGACGGGCAAUGGUUGGCAUAUGCCUUAGCCUCGACAGUUCACUUGAUACCGUCCUCUUCUACGUCCAAAACUACAUCAAGAGUCAUUGAGCAGGCCAAUGUCCUGGCUCUCAGCUUUUCACCUUUGUCCUCUACUUUAUUCACCUUUGAACGUCCCAUCAAGUCCAGCACGGACGUUCAUAGGAAUGUCAAAGCGUGGAAUGUUGAUACGGGUGAAGAAGUAGGAGGAUGGUAUCAUCGAACUCAGGAUGACUGGGAGCCCAUUGUCACCGCAGACGAAACACAUCUUAUACGAGCAUCCACAUCUGACAUCCUCGUGUUCACCCCAUUCCUGGAGCCCCGACCUGCCGUACGUUUGAAAAUUGAUGGUUUAAUCAAGGGUAUCUACUUGUCCAGUCCAUCUGCUCUUCCUGAAGAAUCAACGAGCUCGAAGCCACUUUCUCCCAAUGACGAGCCAGCUUUGGCAGUAUGGCUAGGGGAGCGACAUGGAGCCCCUGCCAGCUUGGCUUUGUAUACACUGAGUAGUCUGGUGGGAACUGGCUUGGAGAGUGGCACGACGCAGACUCGAGAGAUGCCCCCGACAACAGCGAGAAAGGCCUUUUAUAAAGCGGAUAAAUUGACGGUCAAGUGGAAUCCAGCAGGUACAAUGGCGUUGUUCAUGACCCACACAGAGGUGGACCAAACGGGUAAAUCAUAUUAUGGCGAGACGAAUCUCUACUGCGCCAGUCUGGAUGGAUCUUUCAGCGGAAUGGUGGAAUGCGAUAGAGAAGGACCAAUUUAUGAUUAUACAUGGUCCCCCACAUCUCGCGAGUUUGUGGUGUGCUACGGAUAUAUGCCCGCCAGAGUCCAAUUGUACGAUCUCAAAGCGAAACCCAUCCAUUCGUUUGGUCCACAACAUCGCAAUGUUGUCAUGUACCAACCGCAGGGUAGACUGUUGCUCAGUGCCGGCUUCGGCAACUUGUCUGGUGGUGUGGACAUCUGGGAUAUCAGCACGAGGAACAAAGUGGGCGAGUUUCAAGCCCCAACCUCUUCCCACUGUCAAUGGUCAUCUUGCGGAAGAUACAUACUUACCGCAACGCUAUCACCUCGAUUACGAGUCGACAACGGGGUCAAGAUUUGGUGGUGUGGUGGUCAAUUACUUCAUGUCCAUUUACAAGAGGAGCUGUACCAAGCCUCGUUCCGACCCCAAAAAACGGGUCAAAUCAUUCCCUUCCCUUCUGUCGUACCCAACGCUCCAGAGGCGAAUGAGAGUGUUGCGUUAUAUGGGCCGAAGGGUCAGCCUACAAAUGGCGCGGCAAAACCCGUCGGAGCCUAUAGACCUCCAGGAGCAAGAGGUACGGUGGCAUCUGAGGCCUUUAGUCGGAGGGACGAAUCGACCGAUACGACACCAAUGUUCAGAGGUGGUAAACCGAGCAAUCGUUAUGUACCCGGUGCCCCACCUGGGUCCGCUCCUCCGAAAGACAAGACGAAAAAGAAGCCGAAGAACAAGAAAGACAAGCCGGAGAAUGGGACGAUGACACCGGAACUUGAGGCGGAGUUGGAAGUAGAGAAGGUGGAGGAGCCCAAGGUACAGGACUCGCCUGGGACAGACGAUCCGAAGCAGAAGAAGAUUAGGACUUUGAUGAAAAAACUCCGCGCCGUCGAGGAUCUCAAGAUGCGCCAGGCCAACGGUGAGACCUUGGAAAAGAAUCAAGAAGUCAAAAUCCAAGCGGAGCAGACGUUGCGGGACGAACUUCGUCAACUUGGUGAAGAUACCUGAACCUACGCAGGGUGGUACUCGGUGGUGUAUAUGAUGAGCAUUAAAUGAAGAUUCACGAAUGGGGAAAAGUAACAUGAGAUUUGGCAUUUUUUGCAUUAGUCAUGCGAUACAUACAUUGCUGUCC